AAAAAAAAAAAAAUAGGAGAGGACGAUUGUUUUUCUCUUCUUCCUUAUUAUUCACCGUCUAUCGAUCGUCGCUCUCUCUGAGAUUCCCUUUCCCUAUCCAGAGAAUCUCUCUCUCCCAUCUUCACGCGAUCGAUCUUCACAGGGUUUUCAAUUUUUCCCGCAAAUGGACGAGUUUGGUGUUCUCACGGAGCGUUACGGGAUAAAGCCCCAAGGAAAAUCUGCUCCCAUGGCUGCCUCCAAGCGUCCUUCCAACAAUCCUCAGAGCUGGAAGAAUCUCGGUGGUGUUAAUCCCAAAUCGACGUCGUAUUCUUCCAAUAAGGUAUCUGUCAACGACGACGAUAUCUUCUUCACGUCGAGCUCUACUAACAGGAACGGAUCGAGCUCUGGUGGAUUCGACGAUUUCGAUGUCUUUGGUGGUGGGUUGAACAAGCCUGAUACCAAGUCUUCGUCUUUAAACGACGACGAUUUGAUGUUCUCCACCAACUUUGGGAUGAAGACAUCUUCUUCUUCUUCUUCUUCUUCAGCGCAGGGUUUUGCUGACGUUGAUUUGUUUGGUGCUGUGCCUGUCUCUAAUAGCUCUGUUGGAAAUGAUGAUAUAUUUGGGGCGUUCUCGCAAGAUGCUGCUGGGGUUGAUGAUUUGCUGGGUGGGUUUGGUCUUGAAUCCAAGACUAGUUCUGGGAAGAGUGGUUUUGAUGAGUUGAUUCCUGGUUUUGGUGGGAGUUCUCAAACCACUAGCAGCAAGACUACCGCAUCAUCGAACUUUGCUGAUGCUGACCCUUUUGUGGUUCUAGAAUCAACUACCUCUGCACCACAUUCUUCUUCGGGUCUGUUCGUGGAUCCGCUUGAUGUGUUUGCUGCUUCCGUCACUUCUCAGGGGAAAAAACCAUCACAGUCUUCUUCUACAAAACUCAAGCCUCCCCCUAAACCAACCCCAAAAGUCGACAGAGUUAAGAGUUCAGGAUUGUCUUCAAUUGACGAGCUCGAAGACUUUGCCAUGGGUAGUACUAGUACUACUAUGCGGCGUAGUGCCUCCGCCUCUGACACUGCUAGUAAAUUCAGAGAAGCUGAAGAUGCUGGAACAAAGACAAAACAGUCUGGUGUAGAUGAUCUUGACUCCUUUUUCAGCGCUGGGCAUCGGUCCAGCAGUGUACCAAAGUCCCGGGCCACAACUGAAGCAACUCGCAAGCAAGCAGCAGUCAACGUGCCCAAAAAGACGCCUAAUGGGGUUUCUAGUGCCAAGAAGCCUCCUCCUCCAGCAAACCUGGUGGAUGACUUUUCUGCACUUUUUGGAGGGGAUCCUAUAUUUAGAGAAUUUGAGGAGAUCCCAGGGGAAAGCGAUGAGCGAAGAAAGGCCCGAUGGGAUCGUGAACAGAGAACAAAGAGCCGUGUGGCACAAGCUGUAGCUGAUAUGAAUAGCCGUGAUCAUCAAUCUCGGAUUGAACAAGAACAUAGAACUAGGAUUUCUGAGAGUGUUGAUGCUGAGAUAAGGCGUUGGGCGACUGGGAAAGAAGGAAACAUGCGUGCGCUGUUAUCUUCCUUGCAAAUCGUACUCUGGCCUGGAUGUGGUUGGGAAGCUGUUUCUCUGACAGAUUUGAUCACUUCUUCAGCAGUCAAGAAAGUCUAUAGGAAGGCAACGCUGUAUGUACAUCCCGAUAAAGUUCAGCAGAAAGGAGCCACCCUUGAACAAAAGUAUAUAGCCGAAAAGGUUUUUGACAUUUUGAAGGAAGCAUGGAAUAAGUUCAACAAAGAGGAACUCUCUUAAAUCUCCCGAGUCUUUCGAUUCAGAGGUUUAAGAAGAGUAUGCUUCAAGAGGUAGAGGACAGUUGAAGAGACGUAGUAGCUGUUUGUUUUUGUGUCUGUGUGCUCAUCUUUAUACAUAAUUAGUCUUUGAGUUUCCUGGAGUCCUA